GGGACCGGGCCGGUGCCCCGGAGCUGCCGGCUCCUUUCUUUGCCCGCUCUCGGUUGCGGAGCAUCGUCUGCGGGACUGGUGCGGAGAAAACAACAGGUCUCGCUCCCUGCUCGCCUUCCAAAGCGACGCCAGCGCCUUGCUCUUGGGAUUAUAAAUGUUUGAACUAAGACGCAGGGAACUGAAAGGAGAGCUUCCCGUUGGAAUUAACAGAAGAGAAAAGAAGGGAGGCUUUUCCAAAUCCUCUACAAGAAAGCUCAUGCUGUUUUCCUCUGCUGUCCGUACUCUGUUUAAUAAUGCGAUUGUGACCUGAGUGGAAUUUAUGAGCGAUGAACUGUUGAAGCUUGUUGCAUCUCUGCAUCGGACUACGUUUUUUUUUUUUUUUUUGGUCAGCACAUGAUUCCUCUGUCCAAGCUGUUGCAGGACCUAUGGGCCAGUAAUAGAGGGAUGGGAAGCUGAGACAGUUUAUUUUCACAUUCUUCAGUGCCGGGGACUUGGCGAGUUAGCUGAAGCUGCUGCUUUUUACUGGAUCUGCUCUUUCCUCGGCAGGUUUAUUAUUAUUUUUUUCAUGUGUUUCGAUUAAACAGUCAUUGGACUGGAGCUGGAUGGGUGCUUUGCAAUCCAAAGGGUUUUGGGGGAUAACAGAAAACUGCUAAAACAGAGAAGAACUGGUGCUGCAGGGAGCCUGGGGCCUGUUUUCCAAGCCUUUUCGUUUUAUUGAGCAAGAUGAUGUGUGAGGUGAUGCCAACCAUCAGUGAGGCCGAGAUACCCGCCGGGGGAAAUGGAGGCCACGGUUCAGGUUCCCCGUUGCAGUCAGAUGCUGAUUCCCACUUUGAGCAGUUAAUGGUGUCCAUGCUGGAGGAGAGGGAUCGCCUGCUGGAAACGCUCCGGGAAACGCAGGAGACCCUCGCCCUCACCCAGGGAAAGCUGCAUGAGGUUGGCCAUGAGAGGGAUUCCUUGCAGAGGCAGCUCAAUACUGCACUUCCACAGGAAUUUGCAGCACUCACAAAAGAGCUGAAUGUAUGCAGGGAGCAGCUGCUUGAAAGGGAAGAAGAAAUUGCUGAACUGAAAGCAGAAAGGAAUAACACAAGGCUAUUACUGGAACAUUUGGAGUGUCUUGUCUCCAGGCAUGAGCGAUCCCUCAGGAUGACUGUUGUGAAGAGGCAAGCUCAGUCUCCAGCAGGAGUUUCUAGUGAAGUAGAAGUUCUCAAAGCACUAAAAUCCUUAUUUGAGCACCACAAAGCCCUUGAUGAAAAGGUAAGGGAGAGAUUACGAGUAGCACUUGAAAGGUGUAGCUUAUUGGAAGAAGAACUAGGUACUACACAUAAAGAGUUAAUGAUUCUGAAAGAGCAAAAUAAUCAGAAGAAAACACUUCCAGAUGGGAUGCUGGAUAUAAAUCAUGAACAAGAAAAUACACCAACUACAAAUGGGAAGAGAUCCUCUGAUGGCUCAUUAUGCCACGAUGAAAACCUGGCUAAAGUGAUUGAACUCCAAGACAUCAUAGAUAAGCAAAACAAAGAGCAGACACAAAUGAAAGAACGCCUCACUGCUUUGUCCAGCAGAGUAACAGAGCUGGAAGAAGAUCUAGACACAGCAAGAAAAGACUUAAUCAAAUCUGAAGAAAUGAACACAAAGUUACAGAGGGAUGUACGAGAGACUCUGGCCCAGAAGGAGGACAUGGAGGAGAGGAUCACCACUCUGGAGAAACGCUACCUCGCUGCACAACGUGAAGCUACAUCUGUGCAUGACCUCAAUGAUAAACUUGAAAAUGAAAUUGCCACUAAAGACUCCAUGCACCGACAGAGCGAAGAUAAGAACAGGCAACUACAAGAGCGACUGGAACUGGCUGAGCAAAAGCUGCAGCAGACCCUGAGAAAAGCUGAGACUUUGCCUGAGGUGGAGGCUGAGCUAGCACAGAGAGUGGCAGCACUUACAAAGGCUGAGGAGAGACACGGCAAUAUCGAGGAGCGGCUGAGACAGAUGGAGGCACAGCUUGAAGAGAAGAAUCAAGAACUGCAAAGGGCUAGACAGAGAGAGAAGAUGAAUGAAGAGCAUAAUAAACGUUUGUCAGAAACUGUUGAUAAGCUCCUGUCUGAAUCCAAUGAAAGGCUCCAGCUUCAUCUCAAGGAGAGGAUGGCUGCCCUGGAAGACAAGAAUUCACUUAUUCGAGAAAUUGAAAAUGCAAAAAAACAAAUAGAAGAACUUCAGCAUGAAAAGGAUCAGCUUGUAUUAAAUGUUGAUGCAUUAAGGGCUGAAAAUGACCAAGUGAGGCUCAGAGCCACAUCACUUCAUCAUAGCAGAGCAGAUUUCAGAUUCCCUGUGCCAUCCUCCUCUGUGGGGGACAGUCACACAGACUCUUACAGCUCCUCCUCUGUGCUGAGGCGGCCCCAGAAGGGGCGUCUGGCUGCUCUCAGGGACGAGCCUUCCAAGGUUCAGACCCUGAAUGAGCAGGAUUGGGAGCGGGCCCAGCAAGCCAGCGUGUUGGCAAACGUGGCACAAGCAUUUGAGAGUGAUGUGGAUGUGUCUGACAUGGAGGACGACAGGGAGACCAUUUUCAGCUCAGUUGAUCUGCUGUCACCAAGUGGUCAGGCUGAUGCUCAGACUUUGGCCAUAAUGCUGCAGGAACAGUUGGAUGCAAUCAACAAAGAGAUCAGGCUGAUCCAGGAGGAGAAGGAGAACACGGAGCAGCGCGCGGAGGAGAUCGAGAGCCGCGUGGGCAGCGGCAGCCUGGAGGCGCACGGCCGGUUCCGCUCGCUGGGCUCCGUGGCCCCCGCGCUCGGUGGGGCCCUGGCCGGCUCCUCCCCGCCCGGCAGCGGCCGCUCCACGCCCCGGCGCGUCCCGCACAGCCCCGCCAGGGAGGUGGACAGGCUGGGCAUCAUGACACUGUCUCCAGCUUCCAGAGAAGAGGUACGAGAUGAUAAAACCACCAUAAAAUGUGAGACAUCGCCACCUGCUUCACCUCGCUCCUUGCGCCUGGACAGAGUCCAGAAGGGAGCUCUGCACACAGUGAGCCACGAAGAUAUCAGGGACAUCAGAAAUUCAACAGGUUCACAAGAUGGCCAAACAAGUAAUCCUAGUAGCAGUAACAGCAGCCAAGACUCCCUUCACAAAGCCCCCAAAAAGAAGGGGAUCAAAUCCUCCAUUGGCCGCCUGUUUGGCAAGAAGGAAAAGGGACGACCUGGACAAGGAAGCAAGGAAGCUCUAGGACAAGGUGGCCUGGGAGAAGCAGAUGGUUCCUCUCAGGAUGCGUUAGGCCUCAGCAAGCUUGGAGGUCAGGCAGAGAAAAACAGGAAAAUGCAGAAAAAGCAUGAGUUGCUGGAGGAAGCCAGAAGACAAGGUUUGCCUUUUGCACAGUGGGAUGGGCCCACUGUGGUGGUGUGGCUGGAGCUGUGGGUGGGGAUGCCAGCCUGGUACGUGGCUGCCUGCCGAGCCAAUGUGAAAAGCGGUGCUAUCAUGUCAGCCCUGUCUGACACGGAAAUCCAGCGGGAAAUUGGCAUCAGCAAUCCCCUGCACAGGCUCAAGCUCCGCCUGGCCAUCCAGGAAAUCAUGUCCCUAACCAGCCCCUCUGCCCCUCCCACCUCAAGGACGACAUUAGCCUAUGGUGACAUGAACCAUGAGUGGAUUGGCAAUGAGUGGCUGCCAAGCCUGGGGCUCCCUCAGUACCGCAGCUACUUCAUGGAAUGUCUGGUGGAUGCUCGGAUGCUGGACCACUUAACUAAAAAAGACCUGCGUGGGCAGCUGAAAAUGGUGGACAGCUUUCACAGGAACAGUUUUCAGUGUGGAAUUAUGUGCCUCCGAAGACUGAAUUAUGAUCGAAAAGAACUGGAAAGAAAAAGAGAAGAAAGCCAGAAUGAAAUUAAAGAUGUCCUGGUGUGGAGCAACGAGAGGAUGAUCCACUGGGUGGUGUCCAUUGGCCUUAAGGAAUAUGCGAAUAACCUGCAGGAGAGCGGCGUUCACGGCGCGCUUGUGGCCUUAGAUGAAUCCUUUGAUUACAAUGCGUUGGCUCUCCUGCUGCAAAUCCCCACUCAAAACACACAGGCUCGUGCUGUUCUGGAGAAGGAAUUCAAUAACCUCCUUGCUAUGGGCACUGACAGAAGACUUGAUGAAGAUGAUGAUAAGAGCUUUAGGAGAGCACCUUCGUGGAGAAAGAAGUUUAGACCAAAGGACAUAAGAGGUUUAGCUGCUGGAUCAGCAGAGACUCUUCCUGCAAAUUUCAGAGUUACAACCUCAAUGUCUUCACCCUCUAUGCAGCCAAAGAAGAUGCAGAUUGAUGGCAGUGUAUCAGGAACACAAAGAUUGGAUUCUGCCACAGUAAGGACCUACUCCUGUUAAAGCCUUCUCCUGAUUCUCCUCCCUGGUUCAGGAUUUUCUGUAGUCAGAUGACAUGGGAUGGAAAUCCUCGAGGCAGAAACAUUUGCCCUCAUUGCUUUAUUUGCAUUGCAGCUGGAGAUUUCAGGAGGCAAUAAAAUAUCCAGCAUGGCAUGGCAGUAAUUCAGUGCAUCACUGCUGAGCUGUUUGUGACAAUCUUGGAAUGCAAUGGUGGUUAAAACCUGCUAAUGGAAUCUUCUAUGUUCUUUUCUUUUUCUGUGUUGUUUUUGUUUGUUGUUUUUGCAGUUUACCCACACUAUUUCUACCGGUGAUAUGCAGCAUUUUGAACAUUUGGAACCCUUAACCUGUUAAUACUUGUUAAAUGGACACUUUGAGAUAUUUUAUUACAGAGUUUUUAAUUAGCAAAUAAAUUCAUGAGUACUAUAGAGAAAAUAUUUUAGAAUCUAAAUGUUUCUUAUAUUUAUGUGACUUGUCAUUUAUAUAGUUACUUACUUUUUCUGUUUCUAUUCAGUCUACAAAUCAAAUCAUUGCUGAUUUUUUUAUUCUAAUUUUAGUCUUUCCAGCUGAAUGUACUGUAAUGCUUGUAUGUAUAUGUCCCUAUGAGCAAUAUAGGGUUUUUGUAAAUUAUGCAGUAACUGUAAUUAUCAUUUUUUUUAAUAAUGAAGCUGAAGGUGAAAAGGAUUUUAAUACCUUUGUAAAAGUAUCAUGACACCGAGCAGUAUAUAUUUUGUCUUUUGAAGCGCUUAGCUUAGAUCUGAAAACAAGUCCAGCUGUUUUUCAGGUGAGCCUUUGUUGACGUAGGAGGGACGGUACACGAGUGUUGUUCUCCUCAGAGCUGUACCUUUCCACACAGAGGAUGUGUCAAGUAGUGGCAAUUUGUCUUUAUUUAAAGUAGAACUGGUUGGAAAAGCUGGGAGGAACUCCUCAGCUUGCGGGACACGUUGUAGGAUUGCCUCAGUGCUCACAGCCUCUGCUGUGUUUGUGCAGCGACUCUUCGCAGUGACUGAAAACAAGCCAUACGCCAAGGACUGUUUUUGUUUUUGCUUUUCCUUCCCUGAGGAAGACAGACUUCAUAAUGAUUCCUGGUCGUGAGCCACAGGCCACAGAGAGGGUUUUUUUUUUUUGUCCUAGACCUUUUUGCUUGAAAACACUUGGUGGAAAGAUGCUGGUGGAACCAGUUUUAAUGGACCAAUCCUAAAGCACUGCAGCCUCCUGUCAAAUGAGUAGUGAAAGAUGAAGGUACAAUGGGCUGAAAACUAAAGCAGUGCAUCUUCUAAUAAAGGCCUUACUUUUCUUAUGUAAGUCAUCCUAUGUGUUUUGUAAACUUGUUCUAAAGACUUGUCUGGACUUUAAUUUGGAUGGUUGUAGCCAUUUUGGACUGUAUGAGUAGAAAAUGUAUCUGACACUUGUAAAUGGCACAUUAAAAAGCCAGCAAGAAUCUGUUCAGAUGGUGCAUUAUUUAUUAUGCAACAAUAUAUAUAGCAUGUCUUUUUUCUUAUUUUGUUUUCCACUUUUAACUUGCUUGUAAAACUGAAAUUCAUUGUUACUGUUCUGUUUUUCUAUUAAUCUUUUGUGUAUUUUCAGAUUAUGUAACAAUAUGUACAGUCUACUUUUGAACUAUUUUUAUCACAGUAUUAUUUAUUGCUUUCAAUAAAGUACUGAUGCAUUUUCCACUGCCAAUAAAACACUAUAGAAAAGCUAAGAUCUAAUUGUAUGCAGGCAGAAACUUUGCAGUGAGUGGAUAUUGUCAAUAAAGUAUCUUAAUGAUUGUUUGCUGCCCUGUAGAUCUGGUUUCAAAUGAUGACCUUUUUCCAGGAGCAAAAAUAUUCAAUUAGAUGUGACAUUUUCUUUGUAACUGUUCGAGUUCACAUGCAUUAAUAUCAGUUUUCUGGAAAAAACCUGCUUUAUUGCCUACUUCUACUCAUCUUUAGAGCUGUGAUUUGCUUUUUAAAAUAAUAAACCAGGCCUGACACACAA